CCUCGCAAAUCACGCUAACGUCCACCUUACAUCGGAUUCCGACGAUGCGGGUCGCGAUGAUGCGCACGGCGGCGUCUAGCGGCCGCUUCCGAGCUUUGUCGUCACUAAGAAAUGGCUUAAUACCUUCCUCUGGUCGCCAGCUAUCUCCCACAUGGAGUUCGCACACGUUGAAUCUGCGUAGGCGACACUACAGCUCGAACAAGCCACCUCAAACUCCGUCGCACACUUCAGCGCCCGAUAUGAGCGAACCCGAGAUGGUUUUGCGCCUCAUGCGCAGCCAGCGCGUCUGGUGGUGGAUGGGAUCGCUGGUACUGGGCGGUGUGGGGCUCGUGGCCUUCGGGCCGGAGCUCAAGCUCGGUAUGAGCAAGCACACGGCUGAGGUGGCGUCGCGCUCGCUACAGGACGAGACCCUGCGGGACAACACGCGAGAACUGGCGUCACAGAUCGUACAGACGGUGUUGAAUGACCCCAAAGUGCUGGAUCAAGCCUCCAGAUUCCUACAAAGGCUUGUAGUGAUGGAGUCGACUCGCGAAGCACUGCGGGCGUUGGUGAUCCAUACACUGAACGACCCGAUGACGAGGACGCAAGUGGCGGACCUCACCAAACACACAGUGGCGGCUUUACUGGAAGACCCCAAGACACUGCGUCAACUGGUAGACUUGCUGCGGUCUACCGUGGUCGAUCCACAGGCGAAGGAAGCCUUGUUGCUGCUAUUGGAGCAGAUUAUGCGCGACGACCAGACACGAGCGAACUUGACGCAGUUAUUGGCGCACACAUUCCUGCAAGACGCAGUGAAGCAGAACGUGACCAAGACACUCGGAGACUCGGUGCACGAUGUUUUGAGCCGUCGAGACAUUCAGAAUCACGCCAAGGAGUUCGUGAGUGGUGUGGUUCGAGACCAAACGGUGCAGGCUCAGAGUGGAGAAGCCAUCUGGGGCACCUUCAUGUACGCUCUGACGCCGAGUUGGCUGUCGUGGAUCUGGGAGCACCCGGAUAAAUUGGCGAAGGACGAAGUUACGACCCCAGCAGCAGAAGCUGCGAAGGUUAUGGUGGCUGCCACUGCUGCGGAGGAUAAACUGGAGAAGGAGAAGAAGAAGGAAGCUGAGAAACAAGACGCAGCUGCAGAGACGAAGGACAUUUCGAAGCUUAGAAAGAAGUUUUCGAGAAGUAAGAGCGCCGAUCACGACAAGAGUUUAAAGAGGACGACGACUAAGCGUCUGACGCACCCGCAUGAAGCUUCGACGGAUCAAAACAGUGUGGAUCCAGCGAAGACUGCAUCAUCACAAGCGGAUUUCGCUGAGCGAUACGAGGACCGACACUGGAGCGGCUCCGGCAGCGGAUUUGUAUGAUCAAUUACUAGAUCGCUGAAGAUUCCUCAAAUUUCAAUUCAAUUACUGGACGAGUCCUCGGCGAUCUGAUCUCCUCUCCACGUACGUAAUUCUUCGUGUUAGUUGACUAAUUCGGGGGUCUAUGUGUUGAUAAACGCCUUAGAACCGACCGUAGACGAGCGAGUCCAGACGAUGCACCUGCGUGAGAAGCUCGUUGUUCUGGCGUUUGAGUCGCAGUCUCUCGGCGGCCAAGAGUUGAUUCUCUUCGUGUGCGAUACCUAGUUGUUCUUGCAGUUGAGCUGCUGCUGCUUCGGCACUUUGAGCAGCGCGUUUCCACGACUCAGCCUUGCGUCGUGCGUGUCGGUAUUCGUGCUCCGUGUGCUUGCGUUCUGCAGCGGCCACUCGUGCGCCGUCACGGAGAGUUUGGAUCUCCUGUAGAAGCUCACGCUCACGUGCCUUGGCUUGAGCGUUCUCAAGUUCAAGCGCACGUAGUGCGGCCUCAACGCGCUGAAGAAUGUGCAGCUCGGCUUGUGAGGACGCGCCUUCUUCAUAUACUGGAGGAUCUCGACUGCGCCGUGAGGACUGCAGUGUCCGUGCUGAUAUGCGGAAUGGCGAGGAUAACGAAGAAGUGGUCAGUUUAACGCCUCCCUUGUGUCUCUCGUCGGACGCAGCGCUUCGUCGGAUACCCCGUCUUCUGUAUUGUGUAGAUCUGCAUCGACGAGAUCGAUGUGGAGAAUGUGGCGUGUCACUUUCGGAGGACGAGUAUUCGGGACUAGAAAUUCGAGUGCCGCUUCCUCUACGCCACUCACUUGUCGGCGGUAUUGCUGUUGAGACGGAAGAGAUUGACGAUAUCGAAGCUGAGUGUGCAGGCUCGAAUACGAGCGGAGGUGAGCCACCGGAAGAAUCAACCGUGUAGUCGAGAUCGCUAUUGUUGACUGCGGGUCGAUCGUCGCAGCGUUCGCGGACUCGACAGACGACUGCUGGACGUUCCGGUAAUGUAUCAGAGAUCUCUGAUGCCAUGUUUUCGUGUAUAGUCUCCACCUCUGGUUGUGCUAGCUCCGAACUUGACAUUUCACAAGAGCCUCGUCUCCUCAAUGGGGAGUGAUCUCUAAUAAUAUUGGACUGCAUAGAAGACGGUGUUGCUGCAUCAUUUGUGGACAUCCUGCUCUCUCUACUUGCGGUUAGCUCGGCAACACUCGUAAGAGGUGAAGGUAGUGGAGCAACAGGUGAAGCUCCGGAUCUGGUUGAAGAGCUGGAAGUUGGUCUUCGUUGCUGGUGAGCUUGCUGCUGGACACGUCGAACCUGCGUCAUCCACUGCUGGCAUUGAGCAGCCGACGGUGCCAUGAGCUCUUCUUUCAAGACGUCUCCGCUCAUAGUAGCCACUGGUGGGUAGUACUCGAGGUCGCAUCGUGCUUUAUUCUUCUUGGGCACGACAUUGAGAAGCUGCGUGGCCAAGUCGAUAGUGAUGAUCUCAGUUUCACUAUCGCUUUCAUCCUGGCUUUCUUCACCUCGUGGUGGGGACUGCAGUUCAAGUAAGAGCUUUCCGUCUCGUGCCACGAUUGUGCAGCUGCAUGGUGUCCACUCGAACAAGUUGGUCUCAGCGUUGCGCACUUUGCGCUUAAGUCUGAACCCGAGGCUCUCAGCCGUGCUGGACAUUUGGUUUCAACUAGCCAGAGCACGGGCAACAAGGCUAGAGAACGCGGCUACGGGGCAAGAGGCAACUCGAAUAUAUACAGGACCAAGUCCAAAGGAUAACCAACGUCCAUGCUAUAAUUAAUACUGAGCAGUAAUAAUACUGCAAGUGGGAGGAUCCAUGACGGGAUUAGCAACGACGGUGCGAAAAAGUAGGCACCAAUGUCAGCCUGACAAGAAGUAUUAAUGAGUAAUACAUGUAUUAGUCGGU